AUGUCGAGAGUUGCCAAGACGGACAAGCUUCGUGCACUUCGAGAAGCAAGAGCUGCUAAAUCAAGUUUACUUUCAAACUCUGACGCUGAAGGUGCAGACCAAGAAGGAAUCUAUGACGAAGUAGAUGAAGAUACUUAUAGAGAACACAAGAGACACCAACUAAUAAACGAUGAUUUCAUUGUGGACGAUGACGGUGAAGGUUACGUUGACAACGGUGCUGACGAAUGGGACGACAGAACAAGGCCCAAUUACUACUCAGAAGACGAAGACGACGGAGAGGCUAGCAACGGUAAGAAGAGAAAAAAGGCUAAGCUGGUUAUGAAGGUGAAGAAGACUUCCCAGAUCAAUAAUUUCUUCAAGCCCUCAGGAUUCAAUGUGGAACAGCCUACUAAGAAGAAGAAUAACGCCAAUGUGGACGACAUUUUGGAAGACUUUUUUGAUUCAGCGGUGGUUCCUCCAGUUAAGAAGCAAAAGAAACAUCUGGACCACUCAAAGUUGUUCGGAGGUAACAAUGUUAACAACCAGAAGAAAGACAAGAAGAGUGUCAAGGCCAGCAAUUUCAACUUCUCUUCUUCAGCAAGAAGGGAGAAGAAAGUCACCACAGUUGAUGAUGAUGAAGAUUUUUCAAUGGACUUGAACGAGCAACAGCCGUCAUCACCAAUAAAAGUAAAGCAGAAGGAUGACCAGAAUAGCGAUAAGGAAAACAUAGACGACCAAGCUGUUGAGGUUACAGAUGUUGUUGAAUCCAAAAUAGAAAUAACUGGCAAUGAUAAGCAAGAAGGAGACGACGAUGAAGAUGACAUUGACGACUCGUCUGAUGACGAUAUAAUCAUCACUAGAAGACCAAGAGCUUCUGCUAGCAACGUUAAUAAGAAGACUAACUUCUCCGCUGUGAAAUCAACAAAUAUCCCUUCAUCAUCGCCUUCGAGGCAAACAGCACAUGCGGCUGUUAGCUAUACUGAAAAAUUGGAUGAAGCUACCAUCGUUGGUAAAGAUACCGAAAGUAAUUCAUUCAAGAUGUUUUGGUUGGACUACUGUGAGGUUGACAAUAGUUUGUUACUCUUCGGUAAAAUUCAAACUGUGGAAGGAAAUUUAGUUUCUGGUGUUGUUCAGAUUAAUGGGUUAUACCGUGAAUUAUAUUUCUUACCUAGGAAGCACAGAGUGGUUAAUGAUGAGGAGACUGAUGAAGAAAUCAGCAGUCAAGAUGUUCAUGAGGAAGUCAUUCCUUUGCUUUUGGAAACGUACCAACUUCAGAACAUAAGAGCCAAGCCAGAGACCAAGAAGUAUGCAUUUGAACUACCAGGAAUCCCUAGCGAAGCUGAGUACUUAAAGGUUUUGCUUCCAUAUAAGACACCCAAAAAUCCGAAACUCAUUUUACCGUCAGAUCUUGAAGGAGAGACAUUUUCUCAUGUUUUUGGAACAAACGCUAACAUAUUCGAAACAUUUGUCACUCAAAGAAACAUAAUGGGGCCCUGCUGGUUGGAAAUUAGUAAGGGUGACUUUAACGCUAUAGUUAAUACUUCUCAUUCUCAAGUAGAGGCUGCUAUCCCAUCUCCAUCAUGCGUGAAACCAAUCACGGACACCAAGAUAUUGCCCCCACCUUUAAAUGUUACCUCCAUUGCCGUGCAAACGAUAAUGAGUACAAAGAGUAAUAAGCAAGAAGUUGUUUCUGUAUCGCUUGCAACUUAUCGUGAUUUGCCUCAAGAUGCACCUUUGGAUGAAAGUUUAAAGCCAGAUGAUCAAAUCACUUUAGUGAGACCGGUAGGAUCCGUCAGUGUUCCACCAGGAUUAGCUCAAUUGGCUCAAAAGCAAGGAUUGGCUCUUAGAGUGAUGCCCAAUGAGAAGGCUUUGUUGAACUGCUUAGCUGCCUUAGUUAAAAAUCUAGACCCUGAUGUCUUUGUCGGUCACAGAUUAGAAAAUAUCUCAUUGGAUGUACUUGUGCAUCGUAUGUACGAUUUGAAGGUGUCUACUUGGUCAACUUUUGGUCGUAGAAAUAGAAAAGCAUGGCCAGAAAAGUUUGGUAAAUCAAGUGGUAACGGUUCUAAUGGUUUCAAUAAUAGCUUACAUAUUAGAGAAAUAUUUCAAGGUAGAUUGUUAUGUGAUAUUGCCAAUGAAAUGGGGCAAUCUUUAACAUCUAAAUGUCAAUCUUGGGAUUUACCAGAAAUGUAUGAGGUUGUUUGUCAUACAAAGCAAACAGCACUUGAAAUUAAUUUCCAAAAUCCAAGAUAUGCUGAGGACGCCAGUUUCCUUUUGCUUGCAUUGUCAGAGAACUUUAAUAAUGUAUUGAUAACGGCAGAAAUUGCCUUCUCUAUACAGAUUCUAUCAUUGUCUAAACAGCUAACAAAUCUUGCUGGUAAUGCUUGGUCACACACAUUGAGUGGUACAAGAGCGGGUAGAAAUGAAUAUAUUUUGUUGCAUGAAUUCAAAAGACAGGACUAUAUCGUACCAGAUAAGGAGAAUAAGUACCACAAGAAUGCAAACAACCAACAACAAGCAAAGCUUGAAUCAACAGAAGAAGAUGCUACUACAGCAACUUCAAAUAAGAAGCCUAAGUUCCAGGGUGGUUUGGUCUUUGAACCUGAAAAGGGAUUGCAUAAAAACUACACGUUAGUUAUGGAUUUCAAUUCUUUGUACCCUUCAAUUAUUCAAGAAUUCAACAUCUGUUUCACAACAGUUGAUAGACAUCAAUUUAACUUAACGCAUGAUGAAGACAGAGAUAUGCCAAUAUUACCAGAUUCAGAUUCCAGCCAAGGUGUUUUACCAAGAUUAUUAAAUACGUUAGUGUCACGUCGUAGGGAAGUUAAGAAGUUAUUGAAAGAUCCAAAGAAUACUCCGGCCGAGAAAGUUCAGUUCGAUAUCAAGCAACAGGCAUUGAAAUUGACCGCCAACUCUAUGUACGGUUGCUUGGGUUAUGUUAAUUCAAGAUUCUAUGCUAAGCCAUUAGCUAUGAUGGUCACCAAUAAAGGUAGAGAAAUUUUAAUGGACACUAGACAAUUAGCAGAAUCAAUUGGCUUGAGAGUCAUUUAUGGUGAUACUGAUUCUGUCAUGAUCGACACAGGUGUAUCUGAUUAUUGGGAGUCUAUUAAAAUAGGUGAGGAUUUUAAGGUACAAGUCAACGAAAGAUAUAAAUUAUUGGAAAUUGACAUCGAUAAUAUCUUCAAAAGAUUGUUAUUACAUGCAAAGAAGAAAUACGCAGCUUUGAAUGCUACUAUCAAUAGAAAAACUGGAGAGGAACAAACGGUAUUGGAAGUGAAGGGGUUAGAUAUGAGAAGACGUGAAUACUGUCAAGUUUCAAAAGAUAUUUCCACCUUUGUUUUGAAAAAGAUCUUAUCGGAUGUUGAUCCAGAAAUUGCAUUGGGAGAAGUUUACGAGUACUUGGAAGACAUGACUAAGAAAAUCAAAGACAAUGCUAUUGCAGUUGACUCCUUCAAGAUUAAUACUAAAUUAUCGAAGGAUCCUAACAAUUACCCCAAUGGUAAAACCAUGCCUGCUGUUAAGGUGGCAUUGAGGUUAAGAGAACAAGGAAAAGUCAUUAAGGCAGGAAGUGUUAUAACUUAUAUUAUUACUGCUCCAAAUGCUGAUGACUUAGAAGAUGAAAACAGCAGCAUAUCAUCUCCAGCAGAAAGAGCCAGGGCCAUUCAAGAAGUUCUUAGUAAGAACUCCAAUUUAAGACCAGAUCCUAUGUUCUACUUGGAGAAGCAGAUUUUUGCCCCAGUUGAGAGAUUGGUUGAAAGAAUUGAAGGAGUUGAUAUGAUGAGAAUAGCAAGCUCAUUGGGCAUGGAUUCGAGGAAAUUUGCCAUGAGAAUGCGUUCCAACGCUGAGAGUGGAGGUAAUGGAGAAAUUCUACCAUUGGAGUCAAAUAUCAGUGAUAUCGAAAGAUUCAAUCAAUGCAGUUUCUUGGUAUUACAGUGUACUUGUGGAUCUAAGUUUAGAUUUGGAGGUAUACUUGCAUCAAACUCAUAUAGAAUUACUUUCAAUGGUAUUAACUGUGCUAAAUGUGGAUUCACAUUCCCUAUCUUGAGAAUCAAUUCGCAGCUUGAAUAUACCAUUAGAAAACAUAUUGCAUUAUACUACGCUGGGUGGUUGGUAUGUGACGAUUCUGCAUGUGGUAUCACUACUCGUCAAAUUUCAGUCUAUGGGAAGAGAUGCAUUGGAGCAUCUGGAAAGGCUUUUGGUUGCAAAGGUAUAAUGAGAUAUAAGUACAGUGAUCGUGCUUUAUAUAACCAAUUGUUGUAUUUCCAGUCCAUUUUCGAUGUUGACAAGGCCAAGGGCAACAAGCUCAGACCAAUAUAUGAUGUUCUUGAUCAAAAGAGAGACUCAGAGCCUCCAAAGAUAGUGGCGGGCCAAGUUGAUGCACUUGCAGAACAGAAUAGAGAACUAUUUAACGGGUGCCAAGAGGUUGUUCAAAAGUAUUUGGGAGAAUGCGGUCGUCGUUAUGUUGACAUGGGAAGUAUCUUUGAUUUCAUGAAAUAA